AUGGCUGUACUUAGGCUCGCAACACCCGUGCUGCUCUUUGCAGCUCUAGUCCGGGGAUAUGCAAACCCUGGCAGUUGCUCAGGAUCGUGUAAUGUUCACGAUCCCACAUUAAUACAGAGGACAUCUGAUAGUCUCUACUUCCGAUUCUCCACUGGCAAUGAAAUUUCCUAUGCCAGUGCGUCAUCCAUCAAGGGUCCAUGGACUACAAUCGGCUCGAUGUUGCCCUCUGGCUCCUCCAUCGAUCUUGCUGGCAAUACUGACCUUUGGGCUCCCGAUGCGCAUAUUGUUGAUGAUCUCUACUACGUGUACUAUUCCGUGUCAACAUUUGGAUCGCAGUCCUCUGCCAUUGGUCUGGCGACCUCAGCAACUAUGGAAUAUGGUUCUUGGACCGACCAUGGUAGUACCGGAAUUGCUUCAUCCUCAUCCAAGCCAUACAAUGCCAUUGACGGAAACCUGAUCGACGUUGACGGUACAUACUACAUGAACUUUGGUUCUUUCUGGGGCGACAUCUACCAAGCACCGAUGAAUUCUGCUGCAACCAAGGUCGCUUCAUCCUCAUACAACAUUGCAUACAACGCGACUGGAAGUCACUCAGAGGAAGGUUCCUACAUGUACAAGUAUGGCAGUUACUACUAUCUCUUUUUCUCGUCAGGCACCUGUUGUGGCUAUGACAGUUCCAUGCCCGCAGCUGGAGAGGAAUACAAGAUUAUGGUUUGUCGGUCAACUUCGCCGACAGGUGGCUUUGUCGAUGCUCAUGGUACGGCAUGCACGAGUAGCGGUGGUACAGCCGUGCUGGAGAGUCACGGCACUGUAUACGGCCCCGGUGGACAGGGAGUUUUCACCGACCCCAGCCUUGGCCCCGUUCUUUACUAUCACUACGUCGAUACUACAGUCGGAUACGCAGACAGUCAAAAGCUGUUUGGAUGGAACCAAAUUGAUUUCUCCUCUGGUUGGCCAGUGGUAUAA